GCAUAGAGUGGAAUUUAAAGCAACAAGUCCAGAGACCAUCCAUUUCAAAGGCCAGAAAAUCUGCCAAGGGUGUUUGGUCUCGAUACAUUCAUCGUCAAUGACACGUCGACUUUGCAGGCCUCUUGAAUUCACCAGUAAGGCAAGGAUGCAGGCAAGGUCUGCAAGCGCCCCAGCCCUAGAGCCUAAAAAUCAUCCGACGUCCGUUAUCAGCACCGCCAACCGGGAAAGCCACGCGCAUCAUCCCAUCACUUUCGCUCUUACCGAACACGUCGUCCCAACCCAAUCGUCAUCGAAUGAUGGUCCCCACUCAUUCCGCUCGCACUCGGCACGCACAGACCAGGCAUAUCCUACCUCCGACCGCCGAUUUCUCCACUCAUUUUCUUUCCUUCUUCCACUGAGCUGAGAGAUUGGAGCUCAAGGCCGGCCCCACUCCCGCACUCGCUUAAUUCCAGCUAAGCAAGCUAAGACAACCAAAC